AUGGGUAGACGUCCAGAUAUUACGUUUGUGGUUAAAGAAGAUAAUAAAAUUUACGAACUCAUGUAUUCAGAACGUUCUCGAAUUUUUUGUUCUAAACAAAAAGAAAACGACGAUAGGAUUAAAUUAUGGCAUAUACAAGUUGCAGGAAAAAAGUUGCGUUUAAAUGUUCUUAUUAGGGAUGCGUUAAAAAACAAUAUUAAUGAUCAAAAGGCAAGAACACAGAUUUAUGAUGAAAUGGAACCAUACCUUCCUGGUGUUAAGAGAGAAUAUUUGCCACAAAUUCAAAAUAUUAUAAAUCGUUUUUCUAAAAAGUCUACUAAUUCGAAAUUUGAGGUAAGUAUUUCAGCCGAGUCAAAAAAAAUAUCAGGAACCGAGUCAAGUAUACCACCAUCUAAUGCUCUUCCAAAGCUCUUUCCGUUCAAGAAGAUGCUAUCAAAAGAGGAGCAAGACGAGCAUCAGAGUGAUUCCUAUUCGUUAUUCGGUUCACGUUGUCCAAUAUGUAGAGAAAAUCAUAUGAGUUUACAAGAGCCGGAAAUUUCUAUUGAUGAGGUAUUGGAAGCUUAUCCUGAAAAUUCAGAACCGAUUCAGGAGUUAAAAACUCAAUGCUUCACAUUACCUAUCCCUUGUAAUAAUAUGCUCUUAAAUUUUCCGGAUAAAAACAUAGCAGUGGAAGCAUAA